GACGUGAAAAUCUGAAUCAUCGACGUUAAGUAAGGGAGGGAGAGAAGGGGGGUGACUGUAGAGUGAUGGGACCCGGCUGAGGAAACAGCAGCGAGCGAUCACUCCCCGAGCUGCUAAUGAAAGACAGAUGUGAAGGAUGACUUCGUGCUCAGAGAUCAGUGGGUCGGAAUACAGCGAGCAGGCUCAAUCCGGCGGAAACGGCCAACAGUACGGAGUCCGCUCCUACCUCCACCAGUUCUAUGAGGAGUGCACAGGUUCUAUCUGGGAACGUGAUGAAGAUUUUCAGAUUCAGAGAUCGCCAAGCAGGUGGAGCUCUUUACUCUGGAAGGUCUGUCUCACGUUUGGAACACUGAUCCUUGUCACAGGUCUUAUUGUUGUUUUGGUGGGUUACGCCACACCGACUAUGACUGAAGCAUUUGGUGAAGAUGAUCUCCUCUUUGUUGACAGCUACGCUGUUCGUUUCAACCGUGCACUGGAUGUCUGCAAACUGACCGGUGCGGUGCUGUUCUGUGUGGGCGGCACCUCCAUGGCUGUGGGUCUUCUGCUGUCUGCCUUUGCCAAAAGCUACUCCAAAGACGAACUGUACCUGCAGCACAAGUUCAAGGAGCGGUUAGCAGAUCUCCAUGCAACAGUUGGUUCAUCAAUAAUGAGAGCACCAACUCCUGGGGAGGGAAAGGUGCCUGUAACGCUCUCCAAAGUUCAGAACAUACAACCUGUGGCCACAAAAGCAGAGACCUGAUCGGCGCCCCAAUAAAGAAAGACACAAAGUGAAAUAGGCAUUUUAUUGUGUGUAAAAUGUGUAUAAUUGAGGGCCCACAUGAGUGUUCAUCUUAAUGAGGAGUUUAUCUUUUAAAAAAAGAAAAGGCCAGCUUAUGUGGCUACUAGGUCUUUUCUUUUUGGUUGUCAAUUUUAAAUAGCUUCAUUAACACAACUGACUAGCGUAUGAUGUCAUCAUUCGAACCAUUGCGAUAAAAACUUACUGAGCAGUGACAACACUUUGCAGGAAAAGAAUCUGAGGAGGAAAUUAAAAAGCAGCAUCCAGUCAAGAAGCACAUAGCAUUGUUUUUGACAGCGAUAAACAUCUUUGGAAAUGACAGAGGAUGUCAAUGAGAAAGAGGAGCUGAACAGAGCAGCUCAGUUAGUCCGACGCUCAACAUGAAAAAGCUCAAAUAGAUUUUUAACAUGGUAAUUACUGUAACGCUAUUUUAGAUCGCGAGUGAUACUUUUUGGUGCUAUUUGUCAACAAGCCAGAGAUCUGCCAUUUUAGACCGCCAGAGAAAAAGUGCAAAUAUUAUUUUUGGCUAAAAGACCCAUUGAAAUAAAAUUCACAGGCAGAAAAUUGACAUUUUCUUAUUGCUUGUUACUCCUCUAACCUUGUUUCUUCAAUCAACCUUCAGACAGGAUCAAUAGACUGAGCUUAGAUGAAGAGAAACAAUCUAUAUCACACAAAAAGAAAACACACCAAAUAGAAUGGCUUGACAAAAAAAAAAAAAUAAUAAAAUAAAAACUCCCAUUGUCAUUUCUUAAAACUGUGAACUGUUGGUCCAUCCCUCCUGUCUUACCUCCCUUUCUUUCUAACUAUUUGAGAUAUAAACAUAUAAAAACAUGUAUCCACGAAAUUCAUAACCAAUUAUGCACCAAUUUUCAUCUAUCUAUUCAGUUCUGUUUUUAAAGACUAAAUUAAAACACGUACUUGCAGUGAGACAAACACAACAAACAGGUUACAUAACAGGCAGAUAGCUGACAGGGACGCGCUAAUCUUGCUGAUGAGCAACAACAUCACAUUUGACAGCUGUAAUGGAAGAGCGGCCGUGAUUCAUAGAUGCCCAAUAAUAUUGUCACUUACAAAAAUUGAAAUUAUACUGUCACGUCCAGCUGAACCUGAUCAUCUACGAUGCAAGGAAAGUAAGGACAGAUUUUAAUCUAUUUGCUGUAUAUGAGACAAUGUUAUGAGUGUUUUUGUUUUUAUUAGGUCAUUCAGGUUAGACCUUCAUACCUGACUGGAUUUUACAAGCACAGAUAGUGCAAAUUAACUUUUUCUUUGCUGCUCACGAUCGUGUGUUAAUGUAAAUACAUCCCCAAAUUGUAAUCCUCCCCUUUUUAAGUCGUUUCUGUUUUGGUUUGAUCUAUUGAAUUACAGAGGAAAUGACUAACAGGGCGGAUUGUUUGCACUGCACCUCAUCAGAACAACGCUAGAACAGAACAUCAUAUCAAGCUCAUUUACACUGUCAGGCUGUAAAAUAAAUGCAGCAGCACUUCAGGGUAUUAUCAGCAUCGAAUGAUAAACUGCUUUGUUGGCCACAUAUAAUCAUGUAAAUUGACCUCUGAUGAUCAUUUAUACAACCUGCAGUCUUUCUACAAAGUGCAACAAAAUUAAUUUUAAACUAUUUGGUUCAAAUCAUACAUGUUGGGGAUAAUACAAUAUAUGUACUGAAGCACAGAGCAGAAUCGGAGCUGUUAAAAAAAAUGUGGUCUGAACCCUCCAGUAUGGUCUAAAUCUUAGUAACUGAUCAGUGAUUGUGCUGAUUAUGAACUGCUGCACUGCUGUAUUCAAAACCACAAUUUGUGUUUUUUAUUUUUUAUUUUUUUAUUUUAUUUUACUCUGAACUAUUUACUUUUAUCUGAUUUACUCUAUUUUUAAAUGUCUAUGUAGAUGUAAGAGUCCCUCAUCCCAGCCAGUAAUAAGAGUGUCAUCUUAAAACAAGAUAUAUCACUGUAUCGACAGUAUGCUUCUUUUUCAAAGGACUCAAUAAAAAUCACAUUUUCGCAGCUCAUAAAAAGU